AUGACGGGCUCGAUGGGAAGCCGUGCACAAAACGCGCAUCAGCACCGCCCCGCGCCCUCGCCCUGGGAGUGGGCGGUGGGGAGCGGCAGUGGCGGAGGUGUGUGGUGGGAACGCGUCGUGCAGGGGCUGGCGUGCGACUCGCUGCGUGGCGGCGGGCCGUUAUGGGAUGUUGAGACGUUUCCACAGCACCGUCGUAAUUUUCCUCUUUUCAGACUCCUGCGGCCAUUUGUGAGCCUGAAGAAGAAACAAUUUUACAUGUCUUCUGUUUGUCAAGCAGAUAAAAAUUACAACAAUAAGCGUGGUUCCAAGAAGCGGCGUCCAUUUAUUUCCGCAAUGCGGUCUUUCUAUUCUUCAUUUACACAAAGAAUUUUGUCGACCUCUUCAUCACCUCGUCGCCAUCUCCCGCAAAUUGCAUUUGUUUGGGUACUUCACACCCGCUCAUCCGUGGGAAUACUUACCAGCCACUCACGCGACCCCCGGCGCCAAAGUGACAAAAGCAACGUGAGUAAACGCCCUCUCUGCGGGGCGAAAGUGAGGAGGAGGGCGUCGAGAGGUCGUCGGCUCACUCCGUUGAGCGGAGGAGGACAGAGAAAGGGAGCGGACGGAAGGAAACCUCCAAUUUAUGUGUCGGAGGCGUUGGAAGUGCCGGGGACGCUGAAAGCGACAGGAAUACUACGGGGCGUCGAGGGCGUCGGGGGCGUCGGGGGCGUCGGGGGCGUCGGGGCGUCGGGGCGUCGGCGUGGGCGUCGGGGCGUCGGGGGCGUCGGGGGCGUCGGGGCGUCGGGGCGUCGGGGGCGUCGGGGGCGUCGGGGCGCGGGGGCGUCGGGGGCAAGGGGCACUAACGCUUCGAUUCCGACGACUCGGGAAAGCCGGCGGUUGAGGCCGCGCGCUCCCUCGGCGGCGGUGGCGGCGGCGGCGCGUCCCUCGAUUUCUCCAGCGCUGCGGUGGUGGUACUGCCCCUCCUCCUUCACCGCCGCCACCGCCGCCGCUGGCUCGGCCGCUCCAGCCGCGCCUCUCGCCGCCGUCAGUCUCGCCCGCUCGCGCGCCGCCGCAGCAUGUCUUGCGCAGUGCACUCGCCCUCACAGUCGUAGUUGCGCCUCUGGUCAGUGUCUCUUUCUCCGCAGCGCUACCCCUUCUCAGCCAGACGCAGCGUCGCCGCACCAAGGAAUUUUCCUCCACAACGGCGGGUCACACGUGCUCUUUCAUGGUGUACCCAUGCCAACUGAAUUACGACUACCUGGUAUUCCUCCGACGUGUGUCCCCGCGCGCAAAUUUCCAUCCACAGACGUUUCAAGCGCGUUUUCACGCUGUUCCUCGCGUCAUAAUUGCCCGGCGCGCGCGCGCGCCGCCAGACAUGGCAGACGCCACCGGCGACUGCUCGCGCAGGCGAAGACCUACUUUCUUUUGACGCGGAGUAAACAGCUGAAGGAGAUAGGCUCCGCGCAGUUCCGCGAUGCACCGCGGCAUAUGCACACGCUGUCGACCCACUCGGUGGAAUCCCAUCAAGUGCUCUCGCUGAGUGUAGUUUACAAAGCUAUUCUUAUCCAUUCCAAGUUGUUUCUCCUUACAGUGAGCAAAAAUAGAAGGAAACAUGUUUUUAUAAAAUUGGCAAGAAUAGCUGUACCUACAUUUUCGAAACAAUGCAGCCUUGCAUCAUCACGGCGAUCAAUUAACCGAUUGGAUCGACGCAAACAGUACCUCCGCUUUCGAGCGUAUUCUGCCUGUAGCCACAGCUGCCGAGCGCAGGGCUCGAACCGGAGGUGCGCGGUCCAGAUUCCAGCGCCUGAGCUGAAGGACGCCCGCCGCCGCUGCUGUCGCCGCCGCCGCUCCCGCUGCCUUCCAGCUGGUCGCGGUGGCGGCGACGGCGACGGUGGCGACGGUGGCGGCGGUGGCCACGCUCCGCACGUGUUGUGCCCCAUGCGGCACACAGCGCAUGUGCGGCCUUUAACGGAUCGUAAAAAGCGCGAAUCGUGCGGUCUCCAGCACGACGUCUGCGGAGGAAACGCCCUCCACAGAUGGAUUGGGUUUGUGCUGAUGGCUGGGUCACGGCCGCGGUGGCCAUUCCACACGCCUCGCUUUUUACCUCCGCUUAUUCUAGUGAUCACAUUGUUUUCUCCUGCCUCCUGGGCCAACGUCCAAAGCAGACAGUUAGGCCUCACGUUGUGCCCGCAUUCUUCGUAUUCUUGGCAAACACCCUCCGGACUCAGUCGUUUAGAGCACAAGUCGGAGCGGUUGCAGAACGAGGAUGCUGACGAAGGGGAGAGUGGACGAGCGAGUGGACGGGUGGGUGGGCGACGCGCAGGAGAGAACGAAAGUGGACGAGAAUGGCAGGUGGAGAAGAAAGUAGAGAAAACUCUUCGUUCAUGUCCAUCCAAUCGGAAACUUUAUGGAUAUCAUGUGGUGCUUAGAGUAUCAUCUCAGGCUGGUACUAGAUAG